AUGGAGGCCUGGCAGGAGAAGCUGGACGCAGUGAACAUAUCCAAGGAGGAUCUGAAUUGUCUGGUGCUGAACUUUCUCGUGAUCGAAGGGUACAAGGAUACGGCAGAGAAGUUUGCAAAGGAAUCCUGCACGAAGGCUGAUGUGGACCUGAACUCGAUAGGCGACAGAAUGCAGAUAAGGGCUGCGGUGCAUCAUGGGAACAUUGCAGACGCGAUAGAGCGAGUGAACGACUUGAAUCCUGAGAUCUUAGAGACGAACGUCGGCCUGCUCUUCAAACUCCAACAGCAGCGCCUGAUAGAAAUGAUCCGGGAGGGGAAGGUCCAAGAGGCGUUAGGGUUCGUCCAAGAGGAGCUGCUGACUCUCUGCGAGAACAACAGCGUAUGCUUGUCGAUGUACAAUGUCGGCAAGCUGAAAAUGGUGGUGAAGGAUCUGUUGUUUGAGCUAGAGACGACUUUGUCGCUGCUGGCGUUCGAGAACUUAUCAAAACAGCAGUUGCCUUCCGAGCUCAAGCAGCUUCUCGAGCCUUCCUUCAGGCACAAGACAGCGACGAGCUUGAACGCUGCGAUCUUGGCGAGCCAGGAUCAGGACAAGGAGUCCAAGCUGCCCCUCCUCCUCAAGAUGCUUGUUUGGGUCCAAGAACAGUGA